GCGAUUAUCACGUACCCACAACACACCAACAAACAAAGAUGGCGGAUCCCGAACCCGACGACCUCCCUUCAAAACGCCUCUGCCUUUCUCCUUCAGUUGAAAGCAGCAAUCAAAACUACAUAUUUAGCACAUCAGAUAGUAAACUACCUUCUGGAAUCGACCGAGAUGAGAAUUUAGAUAGUUAUAUUGCUUUUUCGGGCACUUUUUCUGGCGAAUUUGACAAGUCACGUGACCAAAAUGGCGUCUCAAGCAUCUUUCAAACUUCGUCGGAUCUAAGCGAACACGGUUGCGAAGACUUCCCUAGUUGCUUCAGCGUCGAAGAUGACCUCGACGAUAUCGAUGAACACCAUUUCCAGCCAAUUGCAGGUCCAAUGGGCUGGGUCCAGCGGCAAAUCGAUCUUGGCAUUAGUCCAAGGGAUAUUCUCUCAUACAUGGUCCCCCACGCACGUGUGCCACCAAAUGUUUCCAAUUCAACUCUGUGGAAAAUUGUAAUCGAUAUUUUGACUGAGCCGACAAAGCGACAAAAGUUGCCCAACGUCAACACUCUGGAUGAUGUUGUUCGGUUGAUCAAGAAAUGCAAAAAUAUUAUUGUCUUAACUGGAGCAGGGGUGUCUGUAUCAUGUGGCAUCCCUGACUUCCGCUCUCGGGAUGGUAUAUAUGCCAAGCUUAGUGUAGAGUACCCAGAUCUCCCUGAUCCUCAAGCCAUGUUCGACAUCACAUACUUCAACCAAAACCCCAAGCCCUUCUUUAAAUUUGCUAAGGAAAUCUACCCUGGCCAGUUCAAGCCAUCCCUGUGCCAUCGAUUCAUUCAUCAGUUAGAGGAACAUGGUCACCUACUACGGAAUUAUUCACAGAAUAUUGACACUCUAGAACAAGUAGCUGGCAUCACACGUGUUAUACAGUGCCAUGGAUCCUUCAGUACAGCAUCAUGCAUGCGCUGUAAGCACAAGGUGCCAUGUGAAGCCAUUAAAGAAGACAUUUUUAGAAAGAAUAUUCCAGUGUGCAGUACAUGUAGUCCUGACGAGGAGUUUCCCUCAAUCAUGAAACCAGACAUAGUGUUCUUUGGUGAAAGCCUACCUUCCAACUUUUAUACCCACCUUGGAGACGACUCCAAUAAGGCAGAUCUACUCAUUGUCAUCGGCUCAUCUCUCAAAGUCAGACCUGUGGCUCUUAUUCCUAGUCAUAUAUCCCCAGAAGUACCCCAGAUUCUGAUCAACCGCGAGCCCUUGCGUCACAUGACGUUUGAUGUGGAGUUGCUAGGAGACUGUGACGCUAUUGUAUCUGAGCUGUGUCAGAGACUGGGCGCAUCCUGGACCCAUAUACUAGAUGGCUACACCGCACCACCUCUUAGGAUCCCUCCCUUCAUGGACAUGCCGCCUGAUCUUGUGUCAUGUAACCCAAGCAUCGCCAAGGAACAUGAUAAGAGUAUGCCGCUUGAGAAACCUCAGCAAACGACACAAGACGCAGCUAGUAGAACAAAACUAGCGGCGCGCGAGGGUGACAAAGAAAGGAACUCUCCCUCCAGUGUGCCUGACACACCCAGUGAUGGAGGCAAAGAGAUGGAAGACUUCUCGACAAAGAAGAAGAUGGAAUGCGUAGAAGGAGAGACUGUAGAUGACAACCUGACCAAUCUGUUAAUCUCUGAUUUAAUCUCCACGCAAUCGACCCCAGAACGCCUCAGCAAUCAAGAUGCAACACCCUUCAUAUUUCUGCCUCCAAGUCGUUAUGUCUUCUACGGUGCAGAGCUCUGCAACUCCCCCCUCUCCUCCCCCCGUGAGGACGUCAGCCACCUCCUCCCGAGUGAUGAUGACCUCGACAGUGAGAGUGACAGCGAAGGCUCGAACGUUGGCAGCGGUGUCUCAUACGCUAGUGCCAACUCCAAUGUCGGCAGCGGUAUGUCCUACUGUAGUGCAAACUCCAACAUGGGCAGCGGCAUCUUGGCGGUGCAGCCUCAAGGCACGCCCGACCAGGCUGGGACAGGGUACAGUAGUGGGGACGGAAGCGAAGGCUAUGGGUCCGGGGUCACUUCUGGAGUCGAUCUGCCCUUUACUGAUAUCAAAGGAGGUCAAGGGAGAUUUGAUUGUCCAAGUGAGGAAAACACCGCCAUGUCGACAGCAGAUGUUUUAGCACCCGAAACCACACCCUUUUCUAUAACCGACACAGGAUGCCCGUCAGCAGAACUUGACUCUGAGCUAGGGCUUGACUCGGCGGAUCCUUUCAGCUCUGUGCAGCUAUUCCCAAAUACUACAGAGACUGAUAAUUUUGAGGAUAACACAGCAAAACAAGACUUCUUUCACGAGGUUUCUGACAACGUUAUUGAUACCCGGGAACAGCCGUCGACAAUAGAGAGUGUCGAGGAGUUAAGUCAGUAAGGUGGAAAAGCGGUAGCCAGCGCAACGACGGCUUCCAGAGCCGGGUUCCUAGAAAACUAGUUAACCCUAACACAGAAAUGAAUGGCCCAUUUAUCCAAUCGAAUGUCGAGAAAGCCGUAUUUACUCCUUGGUUAGUGAUAACCUGCUUUCUAGGAACCGGUCCCAGAAUGUUUAUGCAGAAGGAAAAGCGUAUGUUUAUUUUGCCGCAAUUCAAACUCGAAUUUCGCACCAGAACGUAUUUACGUACGUACUUAUUCUUCGAAAUACCCUAUUUAACAUCGCUAGAAUAGAAGGAUAGUAGUCAAUUUUCAAAUACUAGCGGAAAUCUUCUCCGACGGAGAAAAGACAUUUGAAUCACAGCCCUUUUAUCGCUGGCAUUGUAUAGCUAGUGAAUAAGCUGAUUAACACUUCGUGGUCAGUCAGCGCCAUUAUAGGCUGGCACGAGAAUAGAAAUAAAAAGGCGGUCAAUGAAAGAGCUGCAACUGGACAAAUCAUAUACGGUACUGGUUAAAUGCCUUGCACUUUAUCUUGCUCAGGACUGCUUUCCUAUAAACUCAUCUCACCCAUGAUGCGUUUCAAAUAUUUUGUUUCGCCACAGAAAAAGCCAAAAUAACGGGCGUUUAAAGAAAAUGUAUUUAAUGUUCUUUCUCAAAGGAGUAGAGCCAAGAUAUUGGUGAUUGAGAUAUUGAUGAAUCGUCUUCAAAGCACUACGUCCAUCUAGGGACGGCUGGGUCAGUGCCCCCCAAAAAGAAGCCUAGAAGAUAAAGCGGUUUAAAACAUUUAUUACAAUGCAGUGUUGAGUCAAUCAAUAUCGUCAUGUGUCAUGAACAUAGCGUAUAUAGAUGGCAACACUUUACUUACAUGGUAUAUUAAUUCUCUAUUACAAGGCUCAAUGUGUCCACUGUAUAUAGCAAAUCUGUAGCUCCAUUCUUAUGACGUUGUUGUUAAUUAUGACGUCAUUUGUAUCUAGAAUUAAACAUAUUUUAUAUAUGACUAUUGUACAUAAGACAAAAGCUGUCAUCUGCGCUUUACCUGCUAAAGUGACAAGAAGUAUUAGAAGUUUAUUGAAUACUGUUGUCCUGUUUUUAUCUGGAGCCCUGUUUUUUUAUUCGGAACAUAAAUGUGAGCUUCCUUGAGCAGUGAAUACUGUUGAGUAUUGUGUAUUGUACAUUAUGUUUAUUUAAUAAAGGGCUUUCAUAAGGCAUAAUCUAUAAAAUAAAGCAACGUCACAUAUAA